AUGAGGCGCAUAUGCGUGCUAAGGAAUGCAUUGGAUUUGGCAGCAGCAGCGCUGUGGAUCGAGUGGGGGUGGGGGCAAGCUAAACGGGGAUGCAGCGCUGUGGAGUGCCUGAGUGGGGGGCGGGGGAGAGCUAAGUGGAGGUAUUUAGUGGUGCGUUUGAGGAGGCGAUACGGUGGCUGUGUAGCGUUCAGCGUAUAUUGCCACACAGGCUGUGCGAAUAAAUGCAAGCUAAGGCGCAUAUGCGUGUUAAAGGCUACAUUGGAUUUGGCAGCAGCAGCGCUGUGGAUCGAGUGGGGAUGGGGGGGAGCUAAAUGGCGUAAUAUAGUGAAGCAGGCGAAGUGGAAUGUUGGGAGUUGGUUAGGAGGAUUUGAGUGGCGGACAUUUGUUGGAGUGGAUGGCUUUGCAUACGGCAAGACGGGCAGCUAA